AUGGGCCUCCUGCCGAAAUUCGACGCACAGGAGAUACUGUCUCUCCACUGCCCCCUUUGCUCAUUCCAUAGUCACUGGACAGAGAAGCUCGAAUCUCACUUUGUGAAAAGCCAUUUGGGCAGGACUGCGGAGUUUAAUCUCUAUCAAUGUUCCAUGUGCAAAAAGAUCGCCUCCUCCAAAGCUUUCAUUCUUGAACACCUGGAGCUUCAGCACAGAUUAGUGAAGGAGGAAGUGGAAGAGGAGGAGACUCCCACUAGUCCUUCUUCAGACAGCGACGUGAUCAUGCGUUCAGACGGUGGAGAAAUGGUUCAACGACCCGGCUCCACGCCUGGAACACACCUUAACGUCUCACAGGGUUGCGCAGUACCGAUAUUUUCGGGCCGCCUACGAGGUGGCGAAAUGCGUGAUGGAGAGUUCCACUAUCAGUGCCUCUUCUGCGAGUUCUCAACGUGCAAUAGGGAGGUGCUUGCCAGUCAUUAUGUUCAUCAUGGAAUAAAAAAUCUUCAGUGCUCGGAACGACCUCUAGCCGCAACUGCUGAAGCCUCGCAAAUGACUACAAAGACGGUGCUGAUAAAAUCUAGGGAAAAGAGUUUAAAAAUGGAAGAUAUGGAACUAGAUAAAUCCAGGUCUUCCAGAUCAGAACAAAUAGACUCUUCGAGAGACCUCCCGGUGAAGGUGGCUGCUAAGUCCCCCGAGAGGGAAAAGGAAAUACCUAGAAAACGAAUACAACGCUGUCCCUCGCUAUCAGUCUUCACUGAAUCAAUUCCUCAGCCUACUGAUAUGACCGAACCUUGGCUACCUAAUCUCUCGCAAAGUCUUCAAGCCCCCGAUAUAAUGAAUCCCUUCAUGUUGCCGAGUCCCUAUUGGCCCUUUGGUGGUCUCUCCAAGCUCGAUCAGAUGACCAGCGCGGCUGCAACAGCGAUGCGACAGUUGAUGACACAACAGAUACCCGACCGCAAGACGACCGAACAGUCGGAGACUCGAGCUCGGGCCCCCACCACCAGCUUCUCCGCUUCCCAGUUGGCGGCGCCGACGUUUGAGUCACAGAGCCGCCUCCCCCCAAUCCCUCCGCCCGCUCCAUCAAUCUCCUCGACCUCAUUGACCGCGGCGCUGUCAGCUUGGUAUGGUCAACAGGCAUCGCAGCCACCCACCAGGAUGUCGCAGUUUCCUUCCGACACCAUUAUUGGUGAUCAAUGUGCUUCUCCACCAUUGCCUCCACCGCCACCGCCACCUCCGUCUCAACCCACUGCACCACCCCAAAAUCCCAACCUCUUCAGAUCAAUGCUAUCGGCGGCGAUGAGUCAACAGCAGAAGGAGGCUGGAGAGGUGGCAAAUAAUUUUUCCAUGGAGGGAGCGAAUUCCUCUACUGGAUCCUCCUCUGCCACCUCCUCCUCCUCUACAUCCUCUUCCCUUGCAGCCAUGAUGGCUGCCGCGGCUGUGGCGAUGGCAGGUCUCUGCAGGAAUCAAACAGUUCCAUCCUUCACAGGCAUGGCUGACACGGAGCCAUCGGCCUUCCAAAUUCCGGAAAGCCAAUCAAACGGCGAAAAUACUGGGCUUAAUCUCUCCACAACGGGGAAAGAGACAUUUGGUGAAGACCAUACGUCAGUUUCAGCAGCAUCGGUGACAGCGGUGGAUGACAUAGACGAUGAAGACAUUUUUCUUCGACACAUGGAAAAGGGCGGCGUGCUACGUCGCCGCAAAAUAUAUCGGAAGCGUGACGCAGAGAUGAGAGGAGUGGGGACUAAGAACGAGGCAUUUGAACCUGGUCUACAACAUCUCAACCUCCACCACAUCAUCAUCAUCAUCAUCAUCAUCAUCAUCAGCAGCAGCAGCAGCAACAGGCGUUAG